AUGUUCAGACAAGCUUCUCGCCUCCUCUCCCGAUCUGUGGCCGCCGCAUCCUCGAAAUCGGCGACAUCUCGUGCCUUUUCAACGGAACUUCCGUCGACGAUCGAUUCGACUUUCGUCGAGGCAUGGAAGAAAGUCGCACCGAACAUGGACCCACCGCAGACUCCUUCUUCCUUCAUGAAAGCACGUCCUUCGACUGCGUCUUCGAUUCCGACGAAGCUCACCGUCAAUUUCGUCCUCCCAUACGCAUCUGAGCUUUCCGGUAAAGAGGUCGACAUGGUGAUCAUUCCCGCAACAACAGGACAAAUGGGUGUUUUGCCAGGACACGUUCCAACAAUCGCUGAGUUGAAACCAGGUAUCAUGUCCGUUCAUGAAGGCACUGACGUGAAGAAGUACUUCGUGAGCAGUGGUUUCGCAUUCCUCCACGCAAAUUCUGUCGCUGACAUCAUCGCGAUUGAAGCUGUGCCGCUUGAAAACAUUGACCCUAGCCAAGUCCAAAAGGGUUUAGCUGAGUUCACACAGAAACUUGCUUCUGCGGCAACAGAUCUUGAGAAAGCAGAGGCGCAGAUUGGUGUUGAGGUUCACAGUGCUAUCAACGCAGCUCUCUCCGGCUAA